AAUGUGCAUGCGUGAAAGAGAAAGAUAGUGAGGGAGUAGGCGAAGGCUGAAGACGAAUCCAAAGAUGAGGCUCUGGCGCGCGUGAGUGGGUAUGGCUCCAGGCGAUGUGGCGACGGAGCAGGGCAGCAAACCGCAACAGCAGCAGCGGCUGAAGGAGAAACGCCCGGUGCGGCGCCCGGAGGGCGACUGCGAGGCCGACGGCACCUUCGUCUUCCAGGCCCAGGAGGCCUGGAAGGACUUCCACAACUCCCUGCGUCAGUUCUACGAGGCCGGCGAGCUCUGCGACGUCACGCUGAAGGUGGGCAGCCGGCUGAUCCCCUGUCACAAGCUGGUCCUGGCCUGCGUCAUCCCCUACUUCCGGGCCAUGUUCCUGUCGGAGAUGGCCGAGGCCAAGCAGGACUUGAUCGAGAUCCGCGACUUUGACGGCGAGGCCAUCCAGGACCUGGUGACCUUUGCGUACUCGUCGCGUCUGUCGCUGACCGUGGACAACGUGCAGCCGCUGCUCUACGCCGCGUGCAUCCUUCAGGUGGAGCUGGUGGCGCGGGCCUGCUGCGAGUACAUGAAGGCCCACUUCCACCCGUCCAACUGCCUGGCCGUGCGCACCUUCGCCGAGAGCCACCACCGCGUCGACCUGAUGGCCAUGGCCGACCGCUACGCCUGCGAACACUUUGGCCAGGUGGUGGAGAGCGAGGACUUUCCCGCCGUCUCUCCGCAGCACCUGCGCACGCUGCUGGCCUCGCCCGACCUCAACAUCCACUCGGAGACGCAGGUCUACCAGGCCGCCAUCAAGUGGCUCAAGACCAACCCACAGCACCACGACGCCUGGCUGGACCAGAUCAUGUCACAGGUGCGUCUACCGCUGCUGCCAGUGGAGUUCUUGACGGGUACAGUAGCCAGAGAGGAGAUGAUCAAGAACAGCCUGAGCUGCCGCGAUCUGCUGGACGAAGCCCGCAACUACCACCUGCACCUCAGCAACAAGAGUGUGCCGGACUUUGAAUACACAGUCCGCACCACACCACGGAAACAUACCGCAGGUGUGCUGUUCUGCGUGGGAGGCCGCGGCGGUUCCGGAGACCCCUUCCGCAGCAUCGAGUGCUAUAACAUCAGCAAGAACAGCUGGUUCUUCGGCCCGGAGAUGAACAGCCGACGGCGCCACGUUGGAGUCAUAUCAGUCGGAGGAAAGGUCUAUGCAGUUGGUGGUCAUGAUGGAAGUGAGCAUCUGGGCAGCAUGGAGAUGUUUGACCCACUCACAAAUAAGUGGACAAUGAAGGCCUCCAUGUACAUCAAGAGGAGGGGCAUAGCCCUAGCCGCUCUGGGUGGCCCCAUUUAUGCCAUCGGUGGUCUGGACGACAACUCAUGCUACAGCGAUGUGGAGCGCUACGACAUCGAGGCGGACCGCUGGAGCACCGUGGCUGCCAUGAACACGCCCCGUGGAGGAGUGGGCUCCGUUGCCCUUGGGAGUCAUGUGUACGCGGUGGGAGGGAACGAUGGCAUCGCCUCCUUGUCCAGUGUGGAGCGGUUCGACCCUCACCUCAACAAGUGGACACACGUGCACGAGAUGGGCCAGCGGCGGGCCGGCAACGGUGUCAGUGAGCUCAACGGCUGCCUCUACGUCGUGGGUGGUUUUGAUGAUAACUCCCCAUUGAGCUCAGUGGAACGGUACGACCCCCGUGCGCAUCGCUGGGAGUAUGUCGCCGAGCUGACCACCCCCCGCGGUGGCGUGGGUGUGGCCACGGUGAUGGGACGUGUUUAUGCUGUCGGUGGACACAACGGGAAUAUCUACCUGAACACCGUGGAGGCCUUUGAGCCCCGCAUGAACAGGUGGGAGCUGGUGGGCUCUGUGUCCCACUGCAGGGCAGGGGCGGGCGUGGCGGUGUGCUCUUCCCACAUCAGCCAGAUCCGAGACGUGGGCCAGGGCUCCAGCAACGUUGCUGACUGCAUGUGACCCCUCACACACACCUGCACAACCGCACUGACUGAGCACACACCUUCACCAGAGCACACACACACACACACACCUUCACCAGAGCACACACGCACACACACACACACACACACACACACCUUUACAAGAGCACAUACAUACAAAGACACAAUGCAAUACUCACACACACAGAGACAAAGACGCAAUGCCAUACAUACACACACACACACACACACAAAGACACAAUGCCAUACACUGUACACACACAUAUACACACACAAGGACACAAUCACAUGUAUAUACAAACACACACACUCACACACAAAUAAAGACACGAUCACAUGUGCACACAAACACACAGACACAAUCACAUGUAUACACAUACACAGGCAAUCGCAAAUAUGACACUGUCAUUCUUUAAACAUGCUCACACAAUCAGUAUAAAUGUUGACUGUCAGUAAUGCGCACACAUACACACACACUCGUCAUGUGGUGAGACUGAAGCAUUUGUGGAAAACGGGUGUUCCUCCAAAAUGUACUAUCACUCAUAAUGCUCUGACAAAAAAAAGCCCCCCCUCACAAACACUCUUAUUUCACUCUAGUGCUGUGCUCACCGUAGUCAUUUCCGGGCUAAGCUCUUGCUUCGCUGUAGUCGCGGGGAGUCGGAACGCAAAGCUUCCUGACUGAUUCCUGAACAUUCCUCAGUACCGCAGGGUGUUGGCUGGUAAGCUGUCGGGUCUGCAGUAGCCUCGCUGUGCCAAUGAAGACAAGGUCAUUCAGUAAAACUCCCCAAAUUGAAACGGCCACAAAUAGCACAGGUGACCCAUUCACUCCCCUGCCUGUGCUUAGACAGACAAACAGACUCCCUGGCAAUGGACCUUAGCUGACUCGGACAUGCUUUCCACCUUUUCGCUGUCUGCUUGCGUUAAAAACAAUCAUAGACGUGAGACAUGAGGGCGAGAGAGAGAGGGAGAGAGAGAGGGAUAGCAACGCAGACUGGUGGUGGGAAGGUGCAAUGCGAGAACAUUGAAACUUUAAACACGGUUAUAGUCUUAGAACCUGAUACUGCCAACACGUUCUGCAAUAAGAGAGGCCUGUGACUGGCUGACAGUGCUGGACGAGACCGAGGUGCCAGAGGCCUUUGGGUGCGACCCCACUGGCUGGUCUCUGCUCUCGGCACUCCCGAGGUAUGGUCACCUCAGAGCCCAUGUCAGACACACAGGGCCUUCCACAUGCUCAGAGAUCUUUUAAGAAGAAGAAGAAAAAAAAUAUAUUAUUCUGCACUGGUUCUGUCAAAGUCGUCACUCAUUGUGCACUAUUUUCGUAGGAUAGAAUGGAUAUUUGAAUAUUUUUUUGUCUUUGUCAAACAAGAUGCUUGGAAGAAAAAAUGAACCAUGCUAUUUUUUGGAGAUAUUUUAUCAGCGAUGUUUACUUCCCUUUCUGGAUUUGCUCUUAACUCUUCUGCCAUGAAUUGCAUGCGUGAGGAAACGGGUUUGUUUUCCCCUAGCGUAUCUCACUCAAGGCAUUUCCUGAGUGAUUCUAUGGGCUUGAUCUUUUUUUCCCCUGGACCGCAGCAUUGCUUUGGUGAGACCAAAAUGGUUGAUGUCUCACUCCUCGUUUGGUUUCUUGCUUUGCCGUACCUGUGCGUUUUUGCGGUCCUUUUUCAUUCCCAGGCUCACGAGCCAUGCUGCUGUGGGUUUCUGUGCAAUCAAUGACAACCUGACUGACUGUUGUGAUAUUUUAUUUUUACUUAUUUUUUUUGCAUUUGCCAGCUAACCUCAGUGCCGCCAUGUUCCUUUUGUUUUAUUUUGUUUUGUUUUGUUUAGUCUUGUUGUUUCUAUUAUCCUGUUAACCGUGCCAGUAAACCUCCUCUCCUCCUGUCUUCCCCUUUGUUCAGCCACUGCAGAGGUGGGCAGUAGGCCGUGAUGAGGCCUUGUGAAUAAAGUCUUAUUCAGUAGAGGAGAGUAGAGGGAUUAUUGAAAGCUUGAACUUGUUUUUUUUUUUGCUCACAUGCCAGAAAUGAGACUGUUGUGUGGUCUCACUCAGAAGCUCUUCCUAGUAGUGGUCUUCUUUGAAAGCCUUUUCAGCUUACACUCAUGGAUGCAUUACAGUUGCUCAUUAGUUUUAUCUGUCUCAAGCCCAUCAAUAUGGAAUAAUAAUAAUAAUAAUAAUAAUUAAAGAAAAAAGCAACAGCUUUCACUGAUAAAUCAAGUCAGGAUAUAUUUGUGGUGAAGAUUCAUAUUGUUAUCAUAUGAUUUACAGGACUUGAUUAUUUGUGUGUGACACUUGGGUGGUUUUGUGAUUCCUACCAGGGAAGGUGGGUGGUGUGAUCUAAAAGAGUGGUGUAAUGUACCUCUAAUUUAUCUAGUGGACAGGUAGAGCUUCAGCUGUUUGUUGUUUUUAGAUGUGUACAGCUACCAUGGCACUAGCUAGAGUUUCAGACUACAAAGACCUGUUGUAUCUUCUCUGGUCACUUCAGCAGAGCAGGGCAUCCCUGGAGUGAUGUUUUGUAAACAUGUAAUGCUUUUCGUACUGGUUUGAUAUUGUAUCUGUGUUGUAUAUUUUUGCUUGAAAAUUUGUUAUGCUUUUUUCAUUUCUUUGUAUCGUCUUAAUAAAGAUAAAUAUUGAAUAUG